CCUUAAUCCUCCUUCCGGCAGGGGGCGCUACAGCAGCGCUGCUUCCAGCCAGAUCUCCUGCUAACAAUGGCAGCCUCCUCGGAGUUGCAGCUGGACCAGCUCCCCUCGGACCCGCUGCUCCACGUCCUGUCCUACCUGAGCUUCAGAGACCUGGUCCACUGCAGCUACGUCAGCAGGAGGCUCAGUGAUCUGUCCAAACACAACCCACUGUGGAAGCGUCACUGCUGCAAACACUGGCUGCUGACAGAUGCGGAGCGGCUGCAGCGCGGCCUCUCCUGGUACAGCCUCUUUAAGCUCUACUUUGCCGAUCUGGGUCGCUACAUCCGUUACUACGCCGAGCUGAAGAACGCCUGGGAGCAGCUCAAGAGCUUCCUGCAGCAGAGAUGUCCGCGCAUGAUCGUUUCCCUCAAAGACGGCGCCACGGAGGAGGAGCUAGACGACAUCGAGGCUCAGAUCGGCUGUAAGCUUCCAGACGAUUACCGCUGCUCCUACCGGAUCCACAACGGCCAGAAGCUGGUGAUCCCAGGGCUGAUGGGCAGCAUGUCCCUGUCCAACCACUACCGCUCCGAGGUGCUGCUGGACGUGGAGACGGCGGCCGGCGGCUUCCAGCACAGGAAGGGGAUGCGGCGCUCGCUGCCGCUCACCUUCUGCUUCCAUACCGGCCUCAGCCAGUAUGUGGCGCUGGAGGACGCCGAGGGCCGCCGCCAGGGAGAGAGCUUCUACCCCUGCCCUGACCAAACGGCUCAGGACCCGUCGGCCAUCGACAUGUUCAUCACAGGCUCCAGCUUCCUGGACUGGUUCAGCAGCUACGUCAACAACGUCGUCACAGGAGAGUUUCCCAUCAUCAAAGAGCAGAUCUUCAGGUAUUCUCAUGAGAAGGGCUGCGUCGCCACCACCGGCGACAUCUCCGUCUCCGUCUCUACCUCCUUCCUGCCGGAGCUGUCCUCCAUCCACCCGCCGCACUUCUUCUUCACGUACCGCAUCAGGAUAGAGAUGUCCAGAACCGCCUCGCCGGACGCAGCGUGUCAGCUGGACAGCCGCUACUGGAGGAUCACCACCUCCGACGGAAACGUGGAGGAGGUUGCGGGUCCGGGCGUGGUCGGGGAGUUCCCGGUCAUGACGCCUGGCAAGGUGCACGAGUACGCCAGCUGCACCACCUUCUCUACGCCGUCGGAGUUCAUGGAGGGUCACUACACCUUCCACAGACUAGCCAAUAAGGAAGAGGUUUUCCAGGUGGCCAUCCCUCGUUUCCACAUGGUUUGUCCUCCCUACAGAGAGCCGGAGUCUCCAUCUAAAGCUUCGACCAGCCACACGGAUCCCUACAGCGACGAUGAAGACGAUGGUGACAGCAGAGGAAGGUUUGGUGCUCUGAGAGGCAUCAACAUGUCCAGCCUGGACAGCUCGCGGUGUCCCAAGUUCACCUGAGACACCGCUAACGCUAACGGCCGCUAACGCUAACGGCCGCAGAGCCAUGAACUGAAUCACUUGAACUUCCAGUUGCCAAACUGCAUCCGAGUAGGACAAGCUCUCUUCUUCUGUUGUAGUUUUUCUGAUUGACCAGAUUUAGGUUGAAGAAGAAGAAAAGAGGUUUUUCAUCUCAUGUAACAAACCAAUCAAAACAUUCCUCAACCUGCCAGGCAGCAGCCAGGGAAGCUAACCUCUUAAGGUGUUUCCUGUUGUUUAGAGAACGGGUUUAAUCUGCCAUCUAGUGGAUAAACCUGGGAUUACAGCUUCAUUUGUUUAUCUUUCUGAGAUGUUUGAUUUGUUACAUAAAAAGAGUAAAAAGUUAAAAAACUUUAGUAGAAGUCACAUUUUCAGGUGAGAAUCUGGGUCAGGACAGAUUAAAUUGGUGAUUUUGAUCUCUGUGAUGAUUUUGACGAGCGUUUGGGUUGGAGUGUUGCUGCUGUCUAGAAAUCGUUCUGCUUCUGUUUUGGGUGAAUGCAGAUUCUGAGUUUUUAUGUUUGGGUUCAAUAAAACAGAUUGUGUGAA